CGGAUGCAUUUUGCGUGUGCUCCCAGUGAUUCAACAACAGAGCGGUUGGACUGUUUUGAGAGAUGCCGCUACCACUUCAAAUUCACAACUUCCAGGGGCCAGUGGAGCCCAUGCAGAUGGAUGGAGACCCUCAGGACGAUCAGCUGAAUGCCCUGCCCAGCGACUACACAGUAGACAAUGCCUCCCUGGACCUGGAGCAGUAUGCGUCGAGCUACCGGGGCCUGAUGCGUAUCGAGCGCCUGCGCUUCGUGGCGGAGCACUGCCCCGCGCUGCGCCUGGAGGCCCUGGUGCUGGCCGUCACCUUCGUGCAGAGGACCUUCAACGUGGACGUCUACGAGGACCUGCACCGCAAACUGGUGGAUGCUGUUAGGGAGUCCCAUGUCAGUAUGGAGGCCGCCGCUGAGGGCAGGGAGGACUUCCCCAUGAUGGACUCAUCGUGGGCAGAGUCCACCCGCAAGAAGGCCCUACUCCGCCUGGAGAAGCUCGACACCGACCUCAAGAACUACAAAGGCAACUCCAUCAAGGAGAGCAUCAGGAGGGGUCAUGAUGACCUGGGUGACCACUACCUGGACUGUGGUGACCUGAGCAACGCCCUCAAGUGCUACUCACGCGCACGCGACUACUGCACCAGUGCCAAGCACCUCGUCAACAUGUGUCUCAACGUCAUCAAGGUCAGCGUUUACCUCCAGAACUGGUCGCACGUCCUCAGCUACGUCACCAAGGCCGAGUCAACGCCAGAGUUAGCAGAGCAAAAGGGGGAGAGAGAGGGCCAAGCCGUCUACACCAAAUUAAAAUGCGCAGCAGGUCUGGCAGAGCUGGCCUCCCGAAAAUACAAGCAGUCAGCCAAGUGCUUCCUGUCGGCCUCGUUUGAACACUGUGACUUUCCUGAGCUUUUGUCCCCUGCUAAUGUAGCGGUGUAUGGAGGCCUGUGUGCCUUGGCCACUUUCGACAGAUGCGAACUGCAGAAGAACGUCAUCUCCAGCAGCUCUUUCAAGUUAUUUCUGGAGCUGGAGCCACAGGUGCGAGAAAUCAUCUUCACCUUUUACGAGUCCAAGUAUGCAUCCUGUCUGCAGAGACUUCACGCCAUCAGGGAUAAUCUUCUUCUGGACAUGUACCUGGCUCCACACGUUCCUGCACUUUAUGCCCAAAUUCGCAGCCGAGCCCUCAUACAGUACUUCAGUCCGUACGUGUCAGCUGACAUGGGUAAGAUGGCGGUGGCCUUCAACACCAGCCUCCCGGCGCUGGAGGACGAACUCACCACACUCAUUCUGGAGGGAACCAUCAGCGCACGCAUAGACUCACACAGCAAGAUCCUGCAUGCUCGGGACGUGGACGCACGCAGCAGCACCUUCGAGCGCUCGCUGCAGACCGGCCGGGAGUUCCAGAGGCGCACCACGGCAACCAUCCUCAGAGCCGCCGUGCUACGCCACCACAUCCACGUCAAGUGUUCUCCAAGAGAGGAUGGCCAAGAUCUGGGUGCAGCCAUCAGCCAGACGCGAUGAGCAACAGUGUGUGAUGCCCUGACUGACCCCUAUAGGAGUGGGGGAACACCCUCCUCCCCC